AUGACGAGCCGGCAGCUGGCCCGGCCCGUGGCUGGUCGGAUCGAGACAAGCGGGGAUGAGCUGGUCUCAGCCAGUACGGCUCGUCGCCGACUGCCAGGGGGGGGGGCGUGGAACCCGUCCUUACACUCCCGGUCCCUGCUCUCCCCGUCCCUACUAUCCCUGUCCCUACUUUCACCGGCCCAAUUCUCCCCGUCCCUAUUCUCCCCGUCCCUGCUCUCCCCGUCCCAAUUCCCCCCGCUCGUACUCUUCCCGUCCCUAUUCUCCCCGUCCCUACGCUCUCUGUCCCUAUUCUCCCCGUUCCUACUCUCCCCGUCCCUACUCUCCCCGUUCCUACUCUCCCCGUUCCUACUCUCCCCGUCCCUACUCUCCCCGUUCCUACUCUCCCCGUUCCUACUCUCCCCGUUCCUACUCUCCCCGUUCCUACUCUCCCCGUUCCUACUCUCCCCGUUCCUACUCUCCCCGUUCCUACUCUCCCCGUUCCUAAUCUCCCCGUUCCUACUCUCCCCGUUCCUACUCUCCCCGUUCCUACUCUCCCCGUCCCUACUCUCCCCGUCCCUACUCUCCCCGUUCCUACUCUCCCCGUUCCUACUCUCCCCGUUCCUACUCUCCCCGUUCCUACUCUCCCCGUUCCUACUCUCCCCGUUCCUACUCUCCCCGUUCCUACUCUCCCCGUUCCUACUCUCCCCGUUCCUACUCUCCCCGUUCCUACUCUCCCCGUUCCUACUCUCCCUGUUCCUACUCUCCCCGUUCCUGCUCUCCCCGUUCCUGCUCUCCCCGUUCCUGCUCUCCCCGUUCCUGCUCUCCCCGUUCCUGCUCUCCCCGUUCCUCCUCUCCCCGUUCCUGCUCUCCCCGUUCCUGCUCUCCCCGUUCCUGCUCUCCCCGUUCCUACUCUCCCCGUUCCUACUCUCCCCGUUCCUACUCUCCCCGUUCCUACUCUCCCCGUUCCUACUCUCCCCGUUCCUACUCUCCCCUCUCGUCAACCCUCUCUUUGCUCGCACACCCGCCUUUCCCCACCCUCCACCCACCACGUCCACGCACCACCCACCAUGCCCACACACCACUCACCAUGCCCACACACCACUCACCAUGCCCACGCACCACUCACCAUGCCUACACACCACUCACCAUGCCCACACACCACUCACCAUGCCCACGCACCACUCACCUCCCCAAUAA